ACACGGCGACUUACGCUUGGACUGCAACCGAGCUUUUCGAAAAAAGAAAAAAGUCGAGUAAGAACCUCUGAGGAUCUGGCCCUCAGACAGGAUGUGACUAGCUUACAGCUCCAGCUUUUAGACCUCGAGAUUUCUCCGAGGAUUGACAAAACGCUCCCUGCCAGAAGAGCGUAUGCAUGCGGGGGUGGCAGGGGAGGCAGGGACGGGCUCAGACAGGGACAUGCGGAUGCUUGGUCUAUGUGUCAUCGCUUUUUUCACCGGGUGAGAUGGAGAGAACGCCAGUGACACAUGGGCGAGCUGCUUUAUUAAAAUUCUGCCCACGGUGUUGCCCCUGACACUGACUCAGAGCCACAGUCUACCCCCUCCACCUGCUCCCACAGAGGUCGAUCUGCUAAUGACGUGGCCACCGGCCCCAAAUGUCACUGGAUUUCAGCCGAUAAGAAGACGAGGACUUCUGGUCCAGCGACAUGAAUAAGAUGAAGAACUUCAAGAGGCGUUUCUCACUUUCUGUGCCACGAACAGAGACGAUAGAGGAGAACGAGUUUACUGAACAGAUAAACCAGCUCAAAAUCUGCUGCAAUGAAGGUGUGGUGCCCAAUAGUCUGGGUUUACACAGUCUCCAGCCCAGUCCAGUGGCUCCAGACAGCCAGGCUCAAUCUCCCACCCAACUGCAGUACCGCAACAAAGUCCAGCACCGCCGAUUCUCCAUGGAGGAUGUAACUAAGAGGAUGUCUCUUCCCAUGGAUGUUCGUCUCCCACCAGAGUUUCUGAAGAAGUUACAGAUGGAAAGUCCUCCACCGUGCAAACCGCUCAGUCGCAUGUCCAGAAGAGCCUCACUGUCGGACAUUGGCUUUGGGAAACUGGAGACCUAUGUGAAGUUGGGCAAACUAGGAGAGGGCACAUACGCAACAGUAUUCAAAGGCCGCAGCAAACUCACAGAAAACCUGGUGGCCCUGAAAGAGAUUCGUCUGGAGCACGAAGAGGGCGCCCCAUGCACGGCCAUACGGGAAGUGUCGCUGCUGAAGAACCUGAAACACGCCAACAUCGUAACGCUGCAUGACAUCAUCCACACGGACAGAUGUCUCACCCUUGUCUUUGAGUAUCUGGACAGUGACUUGAAGCAGUACCUCGACAACUGUGGAAACCUAAUGAGCAUGCACAAUGUGAAGAUAUUUAUGUUCCAGCUUCUUCGUGGUUUAUCAUAUUGUCAUAAGAGGAAGAUUCUCCACCGGGACCUGAAGCCUCAGAAUCUGCUCAUUAAUGACAAGGGAGAACUCAAACUGGCAGACUUUGGUUUGGCCAGAGCAAAAUCUGUCCCAACAAAAACCUAUUCGAAUGAGGUUGUGACCCUGUGGUAUCGACCUCCUGAUGUCCUGCUGGGUUCCACAGAGUACUCAACACCGAUAGACAUGUGGGGCGUGGGCUGUAUCCUGUAUGAAAUGGCGACAGGCCGUCCCAUGUUUCCUGGAUCGACUGUCAAAGAGGAACUACACCUGAUAUUUCGCCUCAUGGGCACCCCGACUGAGGAGACCUGGCCCGGAAUCACAGCUAAUGAGGAAUUCAAAUCCUACCUGUUUCCUCAGUACAGAGCACAAGCGCUCAUUAAUCAUGUGCCCAGGCUUGACACGGAGGGAAUAGAUCUUCUUACCACUCUAUUGCUGUACGACACCAAGCGCCGGAUUUCGGCCGAGUCUUCUCUGAGACACUCUUACUUCCUGACUCUGGGCGACAACAUUCACUCCAUACCUGACACCUCGUCUGUGUUUUCACUGAGGGAGAUCCAGCUACAGAAGGAUCUGGGACACAAGAGCUCAGUAUUCCAGCCGCUGGGUCGAGGCAAGAACCGCAGACAAAGUAUAUUCUGAAGACUGGAAUCAAAGUGGUGUGCAUGAAGAGAUCGCCAGAACAAAACCAUUAUGAAGCAAAUAGCGUUGUUUCUCCAUGCAAAACGUGCAUGCAGGCAUCGAUUCACAUACACACCAAAUUAUUAGUCUGUACUUCAGAAAACAGACUGAAUAGAAGUGAAUCAUCCUCAGUCAUGAGCUGCUUACAAGUGUAACCAAGGCUCAGUCAAAUCUCUCCAAACCUAAAAACCACACUGAUCCUAAAGCUAAAGACAUUUAGACUUGACUUCAGCCUCUUCUCCGCCUGGAUCUAGUCGUAUUUUCAGACAUUCUUAGUAUUUUUAAUUGUGCGUGUAUGUGUAUGUGCAAGAAACAUGGUAGCUUCAUGUCCUACUUUUUCCAUUGAGUUAAAAUUUCCUUCAUUUCUGUUUGAGGUUUGACUUGUUUUGCCAUACGUGUUUGAUGAGUCACUGCACAAGCUGAUAUUGCGGUUUAUUUCAUAAGCAUUCAUUCAAUACUAUAAUACAGAGAAGAGUUGACACAUUAAAAAUGUAAAUUGUCGUAUAAACAUUUGAGCCAUUGAAUAGAGAAUUACUUGAAUUCUGUCAUGAUACCAUUUAAGUUCAACUACUAAAGGUGCUGUAAGCGAUUCUAGAGCCAAAUUCGUCUAAAUCCCACCCUGUCCACAAAAUGACUGACAGGCAAAGAGUGUAUCUGGCUUGAAAAAAAGGUAUACUCGCUUACAGCAUCUUUAACUAGUUACAAAUUUAUGAAAUCUUCAAAAGGUGCCUUUUGCAGACCGUAAGAGAUGAUGGGGUCCAAUUUUACGCCUUUCGAAAAACCAUCUACUUCAAUCUCCUCAAGGAUCUCGGUCCUUUCAAGUAAUUGCACAAGCAGAUAUUCGUUUUGUCAUUUAAUCUAAUUGCUACUCCGUAUUUGCACAUGGCAUGCAAGUGUCCUGGACCUGAAACCUAAUGUUGUUCACCUUCUCCUACUGUAUCUUGUAGUUUAAAAAUGAAAGCACUAUGACUCUUUGUUGUAAACGGCACUGAGCACAAACUAGUUUUACAGUGGACAGAAAUGAAAAGCUAUAGGUUAUAGUUUAACGUUAAUGAAGCAGCGGCACUAAUUUAUGUGUUUUGUGGUAAAUGAAAAUAUUUUAAAUACUCUAUUGAAAAGAAUUAAUAUAUAAAUGUGUUUUCUUUAUUCUCAGUGAACUUUUGCCAGAAAAAAACUUAGAUGAUGUCUAAAUGUUUUAUAAAAGAUUUAGAUUUUUGUAUGAAAUGUGACAGAAUAUUUUGUGUGAUUUGUCUAUUCUAUUAUGAUAUUCUGAAGCUGAAUGUAUUGUGACUGCGAAAAUGCCAAAAAUAAUUAAAUAAACGAAAUAAGUUAUGACGUUGAGUUGAACCAUGGGAAUGUUGACUAACCUCGUCUCAAACAAUAGUCUUACUGUCUUGAAUGGUGCUAUUUGGCAUUAGUACACUUCACAAAGUAAACUUGAAAUAGGAUUUGGUCUAGUGCAUUAUACUGUCUCCUGGACAGCAAGAUAAACCUGUGUGCAAAUUAGUGUGUGCGUUGUUAGCAUAGCUGCGACC